AUGGACGACGAGGAACACCAAGACUCGCCAGAAGCAACAAUGGGAACGCUGCGCAGGGAUACACCUCUUCCGCUGCCCGUUGAAGAUCCGCCAGAGUCAUCAACAGCGGCAACUCCGACAACAGGUCUGGGCUCGGCUACUGAUGAUUAUGAUCCAGACAACCCAGGCAAUGGUUUGGACAAUAGUGACAACUUUGGCGAUGACGAAGACCUACCUUCGGCUCUGCAAUCCAUGUCCCAAUCUUUGAGAAACAGCCAGGCAACCAGACAGCCUUUCCAGAGCCAAGACGAGCUACCCGAUUCACGCCCUGAAUCUAUAAUCGAUGCUUCUGAGACAGACGCAGAGCCUGAAGAUCCUCCGAAUUUUUCUGCUCAUGAUGUGUCUGACAGCGGCAGUCUAUACGAACCGAGCCAGGAAAAGGGUCGUUCGGGUCGGAAGAAGCCAGCUACACGCGCACAAACCAGAGGACAGCAAAUCAAUUCUGGUGAGAAAGAGUCAUCCGAAGCCGAGCGAAAAGGCAGUUCAGCACGCAGAUUGUACGAGAGUCGUGCUGCUCAGAAAGCAUCCGAGCAGAGCGGAUCCGCAGGUACGAAGCAGAAAACUCAAAAGAAGUCUGUCGUUAGGGGCAGGAUCGCCAAGCAGCCUUUUACCGAGGACGUGGAUCAAACCCACAACGAACAAGCCCCUGAGACUGCCAAUUCAGGAAGAGCAAGUGGUGCGAAGACAGCCAAACAAAAGACUGCAAGUUCAGAUGCACAAACCCACAAGAAGAAAGCUACAGUGGCAUCACUGCCGAAACACGAUAAUAACGACCCAUACGAGAUUGAUGAGGAUAUAUCGCAACAAGCCCCAAAUGAAUCCAAGACCCGUCAACAAAAGAAGCCUUCCAGAAAAUCCCAAGGCAGCCGAGCCGGCCGAGCUCAGCAAAACCCUGUGCCAAAGAAGGCUUCUAGACGCAAACAGAAUUCCAGACUCAAAGAGCAACAAGAACAAGAGGUUUUUGCGAUCGACGACAUUGAGGACUCCACAGCGGAUGAUGUUCAAACUCAUCUGACACGCAACGCAGGCAGUACCAAACUCAAGGACAGAAUGCAGCUAGACGACGAGUCAGCAGUUGCGACCAAGAAGCAAAAGAUUCUGGAAGUGGACGACCACCAAACGCAUCCGACAAACCAUGACCAUGCCGGGGAGCAAGAUCUGACAAAGCCCAAACAAUCUAUGAUCAAGAAAGUUAGUACCAAACAGAAUGGAAUUGAAGUGGCGUCUGCCAAGGCUCAACAAGAUGUUGUGCAUUCAAAUGGACAUUCUGGCGUCACACAACAUAUGAGCCGAGUGAGGGUAUCUGAUGGCAGUGUUAACGAUGCUCUCUCAGAGCCAGACUUCACCGGCGUAGGACUUGAAGGAAAUACCCCCUCGGACAGCGAUGAUCAUCAUUACAUUGACGAGCAAUUACUCCCUCCAGCUAUGCCUGAUCCAGAGCAUGAAAGAAGUAUGCCAGCCAAGAAGAAGCUGCCAUUCCGAAAAAGGGGCGAGCCUCGUCAGACAAACUCGAGUAGUCUUCUAGAAGACACGCCUUCGCACAAAGUUGGUGUACAGUCUAACGGGUCACGUAAAAGAGACAGCAUUCACGACGAAGAACUCCAUGCUCGCGAAUCCAAGAAGGCGAGAAAAUCUGCUAUCCCAAAAGUUUCAAUGCACUACGGGAAGGAGGCGCCUGCAAUUAAUCACAAAGUACCACAGACUGAGGAUGAUUGCGACAUAAUCCCAGCAUCGGAGGUAAACAUGGAAGACCAAGUCACACAUCAAGAACCAAAAAUGGUCUCAGGAGUGCUGCCAAACAAGACCACUGUAGCUGCCAGAAAUAUGUCGUUGCCGGCAGCGAGGAGCAUCUCAGAGGCAACAAUAAUUGAGGAGAGAGUCAUUGAACAGCACAAGAACAACCCCCAACGUGUUGCUGCUGAUAACAGGCAGGACAAGAGCAACUCCCAGCAUGAUCUAGAUAAGCGCAAUGUUACCAUCUCGGGUGGCUCCAGCUCUUCCACGGCAAACUCUUUGCCGGCUGAGAUGCCAGCUCGACAGAAGGGCUAUGAUUUUGCCGACGCCUCAGAAAGCUCGAGAUCUUUUCACUCAGUCCUUCAUCAAGCCGCAGUCGAUGAAAACGCUGAUCCCCGCCCAGUCCCUCGUCCAGCGUUGAAUCGAGAUCACCCAAUGACAAACCAGUCCCCCGCAACUGAUCACAGAGUUCCAGGACAAUAUGAUUACUCUCAGCCCAUACCCUCUGGCGGUAAGCAGGAAGCUCCUUUGCUUCACCAAGACACGUACCAUUCACAACAAAGGGGUAUCAGUGCUAGAGAUAUGUCAGAUCACUCACACUUUCAAAGUAGCAAUGUGGUAUCGACAGCGAGCAGAUUCAAAAGAGGCGAACCUUUACAAGUUCGAGACUUUGCCUUCAAAGAUAUGCUCAGCCCAAGACGUCAUGAGCCAAGAGAGAGGGCAUCAUCCUCAUUGGAUCAUCUCCAUGUUGGCGUGAGUGCUCGACCCGCUGCAAGACAGGCCUUAAAGAAACAUGUCAAACCACGAGUUCUUGACCAUGAUGAUGUCUUCUCUCCAGGGACCGAUAGCAGGGAACAGAAUACCUCGGUGUUUGUUGAUGAACUCAAACGGAAGACUGAAGCUCAAAACCAUGCUGAAGCGGUUUUACGACACAACGAGAAGACGCAUGAAUUCUCCGAGGAGCUGCUCAGAGCCCCAAGAAGACAUGAAAGUAAUGAAACUCACAUAUUAUCCAACAUUGAGACUACUGAUCGUCAUCGAGGCCAGAGGGGUGCAGUCCGCCCAUUUAUUUACCCCAAAGCCGCGUUGUUUAACCGAGAGCUUGUGGAGAAUGACAAACACCGGACCAGUAAGUCUCGAAUUCGGACCAUUGGAGUCGAGUAUCCGGAUGUUCAAGGAUCUCAUCCUUACAAUCAACCAGCUGGUGCAUUUCGACAAGACACCGGUGCGAGCCUGCCACGACGAAUGUAUAAUGGCCACUCGAGUGAAGGAUACCACGAAGACCGAGCAAACUUGGAAGCAUCAUCAACAGAGAAGCAGGAUCAGGGCAGUUCUGAAACAGAAGGAGGAACAGAAGUGGAUCGAGCUGCUAGUGAUCUUGUGGACACGAUACAUGCCGUGACUACGGCAAUCAUUGGAAAACUUUAUUCUCAGGACGGCAAGCUCAAUAAUAUUGUUGAGGAGUAUAAUCAUAAUGGUCGAAGGAUUGUUGCUCAAUUACAUGAACGUCAACAGGAAGACUUGCGUCAGGUAUCACGAGUGUUCCAAAACGACUGUCGCGAGAUUUCCAGCGCUUACAAGAAUACCUUGAAAGGUAUCAAAGAGUUACGUAAUAAGGUUUCGGCAAAGAGAAAGUUUGUGAAUGAAGUAGAGGCAGCGAAACGUGCUCGCUACGAGCACGUUGAGCGUUCAAUCUCUGCCGCUAUGGAAGAGCUUGGGAAACUCUGA